AAAGCGACCAUAAAACGUAAUCGUCAGUCUCGCUCCGAAUACGGCGAGUUAAGGGAUGUAUAGCGUCUGUAAUGUGACCAUACGUGAUUUAAGCAGUGCUCCAUGACGUCUUGUGAAAUCAGUGAAGGCUAUUACAUCUUAAGAUGAUCUAUGAGAAGAUCUUUGACUUUGUAUUUAUUUAGAUGUUCAAUCUAAGCAACUACUGCGGCUUCACUUACUAAUGCCACUUCUUUCUACUUCAUUUGAAUGAAGUUUUUAAGUGAAUCAUGAAUAUUUUAUACACUGAAUUAACAUUCACGUGGCAGCUUUGUUUAUGAUCACAUGCACAGACUUUUUCCGUUUUUAUACUAACGCUUAUUAUUAUCGAUUCUAAGAAUUUAAUGUUGCCGCAUCCAGUGGACCGAUAAUGUUCCUCAGAAUCAUCAGAGAAAAUCUUACUCCUCCCGCGAUAACAGUAGUGCAGUAUACAUAAAAAAAAUAUGUGGUCGGAAAUCGUGGAAUACUUGAAAGACGCGUCUUUAGUCGCUGAAAUUCAGAAAGCUUUUGGCGUGAAAAUCCAUCAUAAGAGAAAUUUCAAAGAACAUUAUGAGGAGAACUCGGUUAAUGAGACGCGCGAAAUUACUUCUUCGGUGUUUGAACACGACUUAACUAGUUGUACGCGUGAAUCUGGAGAAUCAAAGGAGAACGGUCACGUUCCAUUUUUGAGAAAAUCCAUCAACGCAGCCGGUACCAGUGCUUCGAACGACGAACAGGAAGAAUUACUUUCUGUUUCUAAUGAUUCAAACUAUACCAUAACAAAUUACUUUUGGUAUUAUUUGUUUUUAUUUGGAACUCAAUUAGGAGAUGAAAUAUUUUACUCUACAUUUAUACCAUUUUGGUUUUGGAAUAUUGAUGGGGCAGUGGGUAGACGGGUUGUCUUAGUAUGGGCCAUCACUAUCACUACAGGUCAGAUACUAAAAGAUAUUAUACGUUGGCCAAGACCUGCGUGCCCACCAGCAAUUCGAUUGCAAUCAAAAUGGUCAGAAGAAUAUGGUAUGCCAUCUACUCAUGCCAUGAUUGGCGUAUCAAUUCCUUUCAGUGUAGUAUUAUUUACAAUGAAUAGAUAUAUUUAUCCUUUUUCUAUUGGUUGGAUGAUUGCUUUUCUUUGGUGUACACUUGUGUGUAUGAGCAGGCUUUAUUUGGGCAUGCACACAGUGUUAGAUAUUCUGGCAGGUUUAAUAUUAGCUAUCGCAUUAAUGAUUCCACUAAUACCCUUAGUGGAUAUAACAGAUUAUUAUUUUAUAUCGAAUUUUUGGGCUUUAGCAACCUUAAUUGCUAUAAGUAUAGUUGUGAUAGUCUAUUAUCCCACAAGCAACAGAUGGACACCAACCAGGGGUGACACAAGUAUGGUGGUGUCUGUUACUACUGGGGUUCAUGUAGGAGCAUGGCUUAAUUAUAAGACUGGGGCUAUGAUAACUCCCACAAAGGUUCCACCAUAUCAUAUUGUAUGGCCUUCAUAUGCAAUGCUUGAUUGCUUGAUACUUAGAACAAUACUUGGAUUUUGCAGCAUUCUUGUAACAAGAGCUGUUUGCAAAUCCGUUAGUUAUGGAGCAAUGUGUGCCAUAUUAAAAAUCAAUGCUAGAGACCUUAUGAAAAGUCAAAACUAUUCAGAAAAUAAAAAUAAGGUUCUUGUUGAUCUAGUCUAUAAAUAUCUAACUUGUUUCAUGAUAGGUUUAAAUACAGUGUACCUCUUGCCAAACAUUUUCACCAUGAUAGGAAUUGAACGACCAACAUUUUACACGGAAAUAUAAAUUGACUAUAGAUCUUAGUUAUCAGAAUGGUGUAAUACAUAUCUUGAACUUAAAUAAGCUAUGGAAUACGAUUACUAUUUUAGCAUAUGUUCCACAUUCCAAUACUAAUGCUUGUGAUAUAAUUUUUUUGUACAAAAAGAAAACAGUUGUAUGUAAUGUUACAAUUUGUUUUUAUAAUGUGUUUGUUGGAUAUUUUGUAAUAUUUCUUAUACCAAAAAGUAUAAGUUGAAUCUUCCAUAAUUGUUGAUUAGAUUCAAGUCACAGUUGUCUUGUUCAUAUACAAAUAUUGAUCGAUCUUCAUAAGCUUAAAAAUAAUUAUGCUAUUCACGCACAUCAAAGUUUUAUUGUUACGAAGAAAAAAAAACAGCAGAGAACAAGAUACUGCUUGUAUUUGUUUUUG